UCUCCUCCACUACCGGGAAUUUGAAUAUAAAUUGUGUUUAUUUUGCUAAACGUCCCAUUUGCCGUAAGAUUCAUAAACCAUUGUCUCGUCAAUUUAUAAGCGCUGAACACAUUGGCACUUUAUGAUAUUUUCAGGAAUUUUCGUCGAAAUUGUGUGUCUUUGUUUUUGAAACUUGUAAAGUAAAUAUUUUUAUAACAUAAUCGUUUUAAAUUUUCAUUGAAAUACUGGACAAACUGAUACAAUCUCACCGAAAAUAGUACUUAUUAGUGACGUAAAACAUUUCAAAAAUGUUUUAAAUGUACUUAUUUUAUAUGAAAAAAUGGAGGAAAUUAUGAAUGUUGAAGAAAAAGAAAGGGACUUUAAAACAAAAAGGAUACCGUCAAAAGAUAACAUAGAUGCUAAAAGUCACGAGGAAGUGGAAUUGAGGAGAGAUUUAAUUAUAAAGAACGAUUCUAAUUACGUUACUGCGGACAUAGAGGAACAUUUUAAAACUGACAAGAAAAAUGAUUCGAAUAUAAGUACAAAUUUAAGGUUCGGUAUUGAAGCGAUUCUAAAAGUUAAAGCAGAAGUUACUGAUAAACUUAAUGGAAAUAAAUGCGAAUCUGAUAGAAAUGAUGCUUUUGAAACACUUAAUCAGGCUGUGAUUAAUCAUAAUGAACUAGAUAAUGACACAAGUGCCGAAUCAGAAGAAGAUUAUUCUGAAGAAGCAGAUCACGUUGGUGAAGACGGUGACGUCAGAGAAACAUGUCUUCCCCACGUGCGGCUUCCAGCGUCUUUUCAAGGUCUGCGUCCGAGCGAAACUGCAUAUUUUGCGUCACAAAAUCUAUUUUCGGUCGGAAGACUUAAUUUAGAUAUACCAUGGUCACCAACCAUUCUUAACGAUUUAAGAAAAGAAAGAUUUGGUCCGAUACGACGGAUUGGCCACCCUUACCAAAAUCGUACUCCACCUAAGAGAAAGAAGCCCCGGACGUCCUUCACCCGUCUUCAGAUUCUUGAGUUGGAGAAAAGGUUCGAACGUCAGAAAUAUUUAGCAUCAACUGAGAGGUCGGCGUUGGCAAAGACGUUGAAAAUGUCGGACGCCCAGGUGAAGACGUGGUUCCAGAACCGACGUACAAAAUGGCGACGACAAACAGCAGAAGAGCGGGAACUUGAGAGACAAGCGGCCAAUCGUCUGCUUCUAAGCUUUCAGUCCGAUCCUGUCCACCGGAAGUCGAUGGUUAUUUCUGCAGACAGGAUGUGCCUUAGUCAGCUGCAGAGGUUCCAAGAAGAACGGUCCUCUGACAUGUGAGGAAAAAAGUCUUGGUCGACAUUUUGAGACUGCAUCUUGAUAGAAAGAAAAUAUGAAAACAAUAUAUGAAAAAUGAAAAAGAAAUAACAGUCUUACACUACCACAAACACAUAAGAAACAAUUAUUAUAAACAAUGUGAAUUUUCCAGUAUUUUUAUUAUAAUAAUAGUUUCAAAUAUGCAUGCACAUUUUAAGCAUUUCAAUUACUUUAGGCAUUUAUGCUUGAAUGAAAUAUGCAUUUAAUUGGGAGAAAUGACGUUUUCAAGGGCAGGUAACUCUUUUUCAAUACUGGUGACCUAUAUCUUUGUUUCUUAGAUGAUUGUCCUUCAAUAUCCAAAGUUUGAAGAAAUUCUAUUAUUGAAAAAAAUUCCACCCAUCUCAAAUACAGGGACUCUAGCGUACGCGUUUAAAAAGCGUCUUGGACAAAAUGUUGCUAAAUUAUUUCGUAUGCCUAUUUCACAAGAGGUUUAUUCUCUGACGGUUUUGUUACAAUUUGGAGAAUAUGAAUGUAAACUCAAUAAAAAUCGCGUCGUAUCA